AUGUCAGAUUUAAAUGUAACACAACGUAACCAUGGUAACGAUACUACGACCAUUACCACAAACCUAUCUUUUUCCACUUUCGGAUCACAGGAAACGGGACAAAGUGUGAUUGAUUACAUCAAUUACGUUUUCCUCCCAGCAACUGUUACCAUAGGAAUCACGGGGAAUAUCCUGACCAUUAUCGUAAUGAAGUCCAGACAAUUUUCUGCCGCUCCCUCCUCAUACUUGCUGAUUUGCCUGGCUGUCUCAGACAGUGUUCUGCUUUUGAUCCAACCGUUAAAUAAAUCAUUUGUUAUGGAUGUGAUUGGUCAAGACGUCAGAGCGUGGCAUAGCGCAAUUUGCAAGCUGUACUUCGUCAUAAGAAGGACUUCGAAAGUAACGUCAUCGUGGUUUGUCGUCGGUCUUUGCGUCGAACGUUUUAUUGCUGUGUGGUUUCCGUUAAAAGCGAAGUUUUAUAUGACAAAACGUACACUGGUUGUUGGGAUUCUGGCUGUUUACGCUAUCACUUUUGCCUUCACAGGCGCGUUUAGUUACGCAACAGACGUGGUGAAGGGAAGAUGUCAACCGGACGUUUACGAUCGGGAGGAUUCGUUUGCUAGAGAAAGAUUUGGCGCCAUGUUAAGGGCAGGAACGGUCUUGUAUUCCGUUGCCCCCUUGAUUAUAUUGGUAACCCUAACACCACUCAUUAUCGGUAAGCUGAUUCACCACAAUCAGAGAAGACAAAGGAUGACCGGAUCCGCUGCAAACAAUAAUAAAGAUGACGGUCGCGUUACAGCUAUGCUAAUUGGUAUCGUUUUUGCCUAUAUCAUACUAGUGCUACCAAUUACAGUUCUUCAUAACGCCGCAUACGAACUCAAGAUCAGCGCAUUUGCUAGUGACAACGCUGGUUUUGAUCUCUUCAAAGAAAUUUCCCAAUUGUUGGAGCAACUGAAUUACGCGUUGAAUUUUUUCCUGUAUGUGAUGACGUCACGGCGUUUUAGAAGCGUUCUGUGGGAAGUAAUCACCUGCAAUUCUUUUAAUUUUCAGAGGUCAAAGUCAAAGAGUACCACCCUUAUGUCAAAACUGUCGAAGUAGAUAUUCUCACUUAAAAGUUGUUUUUCUUUCUAGAAACUUUUACAAGUACGCAUUGUAUUUAC